UCGGCCAGCUCACCACCAGAAUGCCGAACGCCGGAAUGAAUUAAUUCCGACGAUCUCUCGUCGAGUCCUCGUGCGCAAUAGUUGAGCUGCAACGCGUGCAGUUUGCCGUGCAUUCGCUUCUUGUUCUUAUCUUCUGAUCAUGCGGACGUGCAGCUGAACACUGUCACUCGUCUUUGCACGGCCAAUCCACCAAUAUAAGUUGCUGCUGAGACUACAGCCUCUUACACAUGGGCGCACUGUAUAUAGCUCGACUACCGACACCUACGCCGUAACUCGGUAUGCCUGAGGCCGACUCUGAGCUUGUUAUGUUUCUUCACGCCCUAUCGCGAAUACUGGGGUGGGCGUACUUCUUGAGCUGGUCUGCGUCAUUCUAUCCUCAGGCUUUCAACAACUAUAGACGGAAGUCGACUCUGGGGCUCGCUGUUGAUUUUCCUACGCUCAACAUUCUCGGGUUUACAUGCUAUGCCAUCAACACAGCCACUUUUAUGUACUCUCCAACGAUACGAUCGCAAUAUGCCUACCGCCAUCCUACUGCUCCCGAGAACACCGUACAGUUUAACGAUUUCCUGUUCGCCGCCCACGGCGCGUUCAUGUGCGUGGUACUAUACAGCCAGUUCUAUACGUGGAUAUGGGGAUUCAAAGUGGGAGCGAGGCAGAAGGCAUCCAAAGGAGCCCUUGGCAUAUUCUGGGGUUGCGUAUUGGCAAUACUUGUCACGGUCUUCCUUGCGCAAGCAGCAGGGAAGGAUUCAGGAUACGAUCCCAGUAGUUGGGCCUGGAUCGAUGUGAUCUACGCACUGGGCUAUGUCAAACUCAUCACGGUCGUGGUCAAGUACAUACCGCAAGCAUGGGUGAACUUUAAGCGAAAGUCAACAGAUGGAUGGAGCAUAUACCCAAUGCUACUCGAUUUCGCAGGCGGGUGGCUUUCCCUGGCGCAAUUGGUGCUUGAUUCCUCGCUACAGAAUGAUUGGAGCGGCAUCACAGGAAACCCGGUCAAGUUUGGCCUUGGGAAUAUUACGAUCGUCUUUGAUAUCGUCUUUUUCGUCCAGCAUUACAUACUUUACAAGCAUUCUGCGAAAAGCGCAGACGAGGAAGAAGAGUGGAACGAUGAGCGAGAGGGUCUGCUCACAUAGCUAUCGCGCGCAUGAUCUCGAUCCUUCGAUAAGCACAACAACAAAUUUACUCAAUAGGCUUACUGGGC